AAGAAGUGAUUCAUUUUGCUUUAUAUCUUGUCUAUGGCUCACUGCAAAUCUUGGUUUUGAGAUAGACAGAAUCAGAGAUGGCACGAAGUCCAAAGCGUGAAGGGACAACGACGCCGUUCCUUGCAGCGACCGGUCAAGAGGCGACCGCCGCCAUCCCUCCGGCCUUCAUCCGGUGCAAAGCCGAGCGGCCCAAGGUGCCUCACGACCACUUCGCAGACGCCAUCCCCGUCGUCUCCCUCGCCGGUCUCGACUCCGGCAACGGCGCCGCCAGAUUGUCCCGCCUCCGCAACAUUGCCACUGCCCUCGAGCAGUGGGGCGCCUUCCAAGUGGUCGACCACGGCGUUGACGCUGCCCUCAUCUCCACCAUGCUCGACCUUUCCACCCGCUUCUUCGCCCUCCCCGCCGAAGACAAGCUCCGGUUCGAGAUGACGGCCGGCGGGUGCGGAGGGUUCGUGCACAGCAACCGCAUCUUCGGCGAGGACGUCGAGAACUGGCGCGAGUUCGUCAGCUUCUUCUCCUACCCCGUCCACUCCCGGGACUACGCCAUGUGGCCGAGCAGGCCGGAAGGGUGGAGGAAGGUGGUGGAGAGGUACUGCGACGCGAGCUUGGAGCUGGCGUCGCGAAUAAUGGAGGUCCUGUCGGAGUGCAUGGGCUUGGAGAAGGGUGCUUUCAUGGAGGCAUGUCUGCAAGUGGACCAGAAGAUGAAGGUGAACUUCUAUCCCAAGUGCCCGCAGCCGGAGCUCACCCUCGGGCUCAGCCGCCAGACCGACCCCGGCGCCGUCACCUUGGUGCUGCAGGACCAGGUGGGUGGGCUGCAGCUCACUAGGGAUGGUGGCCGGACUUGGCUCACCGUCAGACCCGUGCCGGGUGCAUUCGUGGUCAAGCUCGGUGACUACUUUCACUACUUGAGCAACGGAAGGUUUGCAGCAGCGGAGCAUCAGGUGGUGGUGAACUCCGUCUCCGGCCGCCUGUCCGUCGACGCAGUACACUACCCGGCAAAGCAAGCCAGGGUCCAGCCAUUGAAGCUAGCCAAGGGCGAGAAGCCAUUGAUUCACAGGUCUCUGACCUUCCAAGAAAUGUACCUCGAGAAGAAGGCCCGCGAACUUGGGCUCACUACCAGGGAUGCAAAGUCUGCACCACCUGAUCAAGAGAAUGAGGCAUGAGGGCCAAUUCUGCAUAGGGCUACAGUUAAAUUCCUUCCUCUCUGCGUUAUCUUUUUGAAUUAGUGUAGAAACAGUGGCAGAGCUACAUGGUGGCUACCUUCAAAGUUAAUUUACUACAUUAGAUUAAUGUUUUGAUA